UCUGUCUUCUCUAGUGUCUUGACGCAUGCAUUGACAUGCAAUUGAGUUGUAAUUUGACACAGCUUUCCAGUCAGGUAGACUGGAAUCAGGAGGUGUAAAGGUGUCUAAAUUACAGUAGUUUGUAUCUACGUUGAUUGAGCUGUAUUAUUUUGAAAAUGAUAAAAGCAAUAUUAAUUUUCAACAAUCAUGGAAAACCGAGACUGUCGAAAUUCUAUGAGCACUAUAGUGAAGAUACAGAACAGCAGAUCAUCAGAGAGACGUUUCACUUAGUAUCAAAACGAGAUGAGAAUGUCUGCAAUUUCCUGGAGGGGGGAAUCUUAAUAGGGGGCUCUGACAACAAGCUCAUCUAUAGGCACUAUGCCACUUUAUACUUUGUCUUCUGCGUGGAUUCAUCGGAAAGUGAACUUGGGAUACUCGAUUUAAUACAGGUUUUUGUGGAAACCCUGGACAAAUGCUUUGAGAAUGUCUGUGAGCUUGACUUGAUUUUCCAUGUUGAUAAGGUACACUACAUUCUGGGGGAGAUGGUGAUGGGAGGAAUGGUGCUAGAGACCAACAUGAAUGAGAUCAUCACACAGGUGGAUUCCCAGAACAAGAUGGAGAAGUCAGAGACCUUUAUCUUUCAGUCUCCCAGACAAGACAGGUAGACACAGAUCCAGUAUCACUCUGAAAUGGAUUUCAUGGUCUGAGGUUCCUACACCUGAAGGCUAAACAUGGAUAAGUCACCCAUGUUAAUCCAGAUGUUCAUAUUGUCAAUUGUGAGCAUCAAACUUAAAAUGGUCUGUACUGUUUAAACUAAAAAGGUCUGUGCCAGGUGCCAGGCUGUGUACUAAUGUAUGCACUAACUGGUUCUAAUAUUUUAGAUUAUACACUUCUGACUGACCCAACAGGUAAAAUCUGUUGAACACUCUUUUCAUAUUACUAAUGGAAGGGCAGCACAUGCUGAGUAGAAAUCAGACUGGUGAAAAGGUGAUGUCCAGGGCCAUCUUUGUGACAGAAUGGCUAAUUUGGUGCAGUUUAACGCUUGAGUUUAUUUUAUUGAUGGAUAUAAUAGGUGAGAUGCUGAGGUAUUCUGUGAUAUAGAAGGAUAGACAGAUGUUUGACAUUCAUACUUUCAUAGUCAGCUCUUAGUAGCCCCUGUGUUGUGUGUAGCGUGUUUGUAAGUAGUUGUACAUGCAAGUAUGUGUGUUGUAUGUCAGGAAUAUCAGUUAUCAUAGUGUGUCCUCAUGUUCCUGUUCAUGUUUAGGUCCCUCAAAAAAAAGAGCUAUACCAAUGUCUCUGUUCAGUGUUUUUCUUUUCAAAAUGUCAUUUUACCAGUAGAGACACAUUGUACAGAUACAGUUUUGGUCCACUUCAGCUUUGGAUUCAACGAGUUCUAAGUAAUCUCCAAUACCAGUGAUGAGUGCUUUUAUUUAGUGAUAAUAGGUGGACUUGACAACCUGCAUCCAAAAGAAAUCUGUAGUUUGGUCACAUUUUGGUCACAAGUGUCUGUUUGAAGUUAAAAGUUGAAAGUGGCAUGCACCUCACCAAAGUCUGUCAAGAGAGUGUGAAUUUAAGUUGUUUCAUUAAAACAGUGUGGCUACUUCAUGAGAGCAGAUCUGGUAUUGAAAUCAUGCAAGCCCUAAAUACAACGCUCUUUAUUUCUACACUAGAUAGUUCUUUAGAGAGUUGACUACAUUGUUUUCAUGAUUUCAAAGUUAGGCCAAAUAGCAAAAUAUUUUAGGAUUUUUAGGACUUCAGGCCCUUGUCCAACGACUAGGGCAGCCUUUGUAAUGUACAAAAAAGCAGUUUUAAUGCACAAGAAUAGAGUGUUUAUCGUAAAACCGACAAUUACCAACUCUUUUGUUUGAAAAUUCUAAAACAACAAUGCUUAAAACUUCAAAAUAACAUUUGAUAAAUUAACCUUACAUUUUUCAGUAGCCAUAGGUGUGUAGAUUUGAACAAAAUCUAGUUUGGUCCUUACCGGGGA